CACACGACAGGUUUGUGUUUACGAGCUGCAUCUGGGAGCAUGGAGGGCGAGGCGCUACCCCGACCCGUGUAAACGCCACCCUACGGGCUGUCAACCGCCGCGUCCCAGCUAUGCAGGGCGCAUAUAGUGAAAUAGGGUUUGUACAGCAGAUCCUCAGCCUGAAUUUGGUACCUAGGGAAAAUGGCACCAAAUGUGGCAACGACACAUCGCUGUGCGGCUUCUCAGAGAUGUGGUAUGGUGUGUUCCUUUGGGCAGUGGCUUCCUCGCUGAUGUUCCACCUCCCCGCAGCUCUCCUGGCCGUCGCAACACUGCGGUGGCACAAGGUGGCACGGUUCAUGCCCGUCGCCAUCCUGCUCAUGAGCGUCCUGGGCCCAGUGUGUGGGGGGGUUCUCACCAGUGCCGCGAUUGCAGGUGUGUACAAAGCGGCAGGGAAGAAGAUGAUUUCGCUGGAGGCCUUGGUUUUUGGGGUGGGGCAGUCCUUCUGCGUCCUGCUCAUCUCCUUCUUCAGGGUCUUAGCCACGCUAUAACACUGGCCCAGGUGGUGCCAAGCAGUGCCUCAAAUUGCUGUGGGGCGAGCACCGGCAAGAUUGCAUAUUGCCCUUGACAUCUCACAGAUGGGCCGCACCCUGCUGUCCAGAGCGCUUACAAGCUUUGCAGUGUCUGUAUACCCACAAAGCUUCAGGGAAGGACUCUUUAGGAUUUGACAGCUGGAUCAUCCUUAUUCUCUCUCAGGCAAUUUGGAGGGAGUCCCCACAGGUUUCCAUCUGAAAUUCAAGUUUUCAGGCAAGCAGCUUCUCAGCAGAUAGAUCUUUCUAUUAGUACUGCCGAUGUGAGCAAGUCAUGGUUAACUCUCACAUGUUCUGUGUCCUGUGGCAUUCUCAGAUGUCGGCUGCUGGGUUGUGAUGUCAUCACUAUGAGACAUGGUGCCCAUGUUGACCCAGCAGUGACUUGCACUGAAUUUCCUUUCCAAUAUUUAAUGAAAACUCUAUGCAUUCAUUUGCGUUUUUCCAUUCGAAGAGGAAGGUGCAAAAUGUUUACAGAUGGAUUUCUCUCUCCUAAUUUCAGUAGAAGCUUAUGAUUCAGUAAUUAAAUUUGCACAUGCAUUCUGGCCUCUGGUGUUCUCAACACACUUGUACUUCAAAUAUUUUCAACUUUGAAAAAGAAUAUUGCAGAGUCUGAUGAAAACUAAAGGGUUUCCUUUACAACAAUUAUGCUUUCUUGUUAUAUACUUAGACAUUUUCAAAUUUAGCCAAAUGUUUAAUAUGAUUUAUCAUCCAAUGCAUUUUAUUUCUGAAUAUGUAAUAUCUGACUUACUUAAUAAGCUGUAAUUAUAUUUCUAGAACGUUAACCAAAAUAUAAGGUUAAAAAAAGACUAGCGUUUCUUUGAAAUACACUGGAUUUUUUUAUGCUAACUGCAAAUUUGUGGAACGUGAACAAUAUGUUAAACAUCAUAAUUGCAGCCAAUUUGGCAUUAGAUUAAGAUCGUCGUAAAAAAACUACAAAGUACCAGCAUUAAAAUGCAUAGUCAUCUACAUGUGGAUGGAAAACUCUACAGCGGACAGACUUUAAUAACGUGUUUGUCCUUCUAAUUAAUUUUAGCUUUAGGAAAGGAAGAACAGCCGAGUGAAUAUGAUAUGGUCAUAUGUGCGUUGAAAGACACUCAUGGGCAUGUGUUUGGGAUGAAGACUUUCUGCUUAAUGAGACUCCUAGCACUUUCCCCUUGUCCUCGUGCUGUUAUCAUCAAUGGGUCUUUGAUAAGUUUCAUUUGUGAUCUGAUUUGUUAUAAUUUUACAACCAGCUUCAUUUGACCUGCUGUACACUAAGUGCCAAUAGUUUUCCAUCAACUAGAUUUCAGAAUAAAAUGAUGUAAAAUA